AUGGUAGGUGGUAGUGGUUGUCGUGUUGUUGAUAUUGUUGUGGGUGAUAAGAGAAUUAUGGAGGUUGAUAAUUCUUGUAGGAUUGAUUCUAACCAGAGAGUUUUGUUGUCUGGUAGUUGGAAGGGGAUUAUACAUAGUGUUGGUCAAGAAUUUGAAGGUGGAGUGUCGGCGUUUUGCAUUGCAUUGACUAAGUAUGCAGUUGAGUGUGGCUUUGCAGUGAAUUAUUUGAAGAACGAUACAACAAGAGUAACUGCUGAAUGUUUGAUGAAGUCGUCUACGGGUUGUAAAUGGUUUGUGCAUGGGAGGGUGUUGAUGAAUUCCGCUAUGAGAACAAAUCCGGGAAGUGUGUUUGAAUUAGAUGUGGAUGAAAGUAGUGGGUGUUUUCGGAGGUUGUUUGUGGCAUUUCAUGGAUGUUUGUAUGGCUUUCAAUUUUGUCGUCCGUUGUUGUUUGUUGAUGGUACAUUCUUGAAGGGUCGUUACAAGGGGCAUUUGCUUACAGCAACAUCAAAAGAUGGUAAUCAAGGCCGAAGAUUGACUUUUGUGUCAGACCGUCAACAUGGAUUGCUAGAUGCUCUUUUCAGUGUUAAAUGUGCUUAUGCGCCAACGGUUGCUUCUUUCCAACAUUAUAUGGAGAAGUUGAGGCGUAUUGCUGGGAAUGAUAGAGUUGAUAAGGAAAACGAUAUGGUGAUGUCAUCUAAUGCUGCUAAGUCUUACAAUAAUUGGAUUGGUGGGGCCCGUGAGUUGCCUAUUACUUGUAUGGUUGAUAUAAUUAGUGUUCAAAUCAUGACUCAAUUGUCGAAUAGAAGAGCUGAAUCUAAAAGAUGGACUACGAAAUUGUGUCCAGUUAUAGAAAAGAAGUUGGUGGACUCUUUAGAGCUAGCUAAGUCUUGGGAUGUGAUUGUUGCUAGUGAUACUACUUGUUCUUGCCAUGAAUGGCAAUUGAAUGGUUUUCCUUGUUGUCAUGCUAUGCAUGAUUUGCGUAGUAGUGGUAGAGAUGUGUAUGAUUUUAUUGAUCCCUUUUUUCGUGUAAAUUGUUUUAGAGAGACAUACAAGGAAUCUGUUUAUCCAGUGCCUUCAAGAGGUGAGAAUGUUAAGCAAAUCAAGUGUGUGAGGUGCUUGAAAUAUGGGAAUCACAAUAAGAAGACGUGCAAUGUUGCUAUUUGA